UUGGAGGUUAGUUUGACUUAUAAAAUGGGGUUAAACUAUUUUGAUUCUAAUAAUGGACUUCAAAUUGAAAAAAUAUGAUUGAGCCUGUUUAUAAAUAGUUUUUACUUUUUAGAUCUCAAAUACCAUCCAUUAUGAAGUUUACAGAACAUCUUGCAGCUCACAUAACACCAGAAUGGAGGAAACAGUACGUCAAUUACGAGGAAAUGAAAUUGAUGCUGUAUGCAGCCGUAGAACAGUCACCCUCUGCCGAAUUGGUAGAGCCCGAUAUACUGACAAGAUACUUUGCCAAAUUUGAUGAGGAAUUCUUCCACUAUUGUGACAAGGAGCUGGCCAAGAUAAACACGUUCUAUUCUGAAAAACUAGCAGAAGCGACCAGAAAGUACGGUAACUUGAAAAGUGAACUGAUCGAAGCCCAAGAAAAUGAGUACCGUGGCAAGGAACGGUUACUACAGCGGCCGAAAAUUUUGCGCAAACGAGAUGUGCCCGCGCGUAAAAUUCAAGAACUAAAACUGGCCUUUAGCGAAUUCUAUCUUAGCCUGAUUCUUCUGCAGAACUAUCAGAAUCUAAACUUUACCGGCUUUAGGAAAAUACUGAAGAAGCAUGACAAGCUGUUAACAAUGGACAUAGGUGCGCACUGGCGCUCGGAGAACGUGGAGACGGCGCACUUCUACGUGAACAAGGACAUCGACCGGCUGAUUGCCGAGACGGAGGCAACCGUCACACAGGAGUUGGAGGGGGGAGACCGGCAGCGCGCCAUGAAGCGGCUGAGGGUGCCGCCGCUGGGCGAACAGCAGAGUCCGUGGACCACGUUCAAGGUCGGACUGUUCUCGGGGUCGUUUGUCGUGCUGCUUAUUGCUGUUAUACUCUCAGGUAUCUUCCACGGCGGGACGAGGGACGACUGGCGUGUGGCGAUUCGACUGUACCGGGGUCCACUGCUGGUCGUCGAGUUCCUCUUCCUCAUGGGAGUCAACGUCUACGGCUGGCGGUCAUCGGGCGUCAACCACGUCCUCAUAUUCGAGUUGGAUCCGCGAAAUCAUCUCAGCGAACAGCACAUAAUGGAGACAGCGGCCAUUUUCGGUGUGAUCUGGACUCUGAGUGUUUUGAGUUUCCUGUUUUCUUCGGCGCUGAGCGUGCCGCCCUAUGUUAAUCCGCUGGCUCUCAUCACCAUCAUGGCGCUGUUUCUGUUCAAUCCGACAAGGACGUUCAGGCAUGAGGCUCGCUUUUGGGUGCUCAGGGUACUGUUGAAGAUUAUCGCAUCGCCAUUCUUCUACGUGGGAUUUGCUGAUUUCUGGUUGGCGGAUCAACUCACCAGUCUGGUUCCUGCAUUACUUGAUCUGCAGUAUUUUGUUUGCUUCUACAUAACCAAUGAGAGUUGGAUGAAAGCCGAUAAUGCUACGAAAUGUGUUGACAAGGUGUACAUGCUGAGGCCCAUAGUGGCCUGUUUGCCAGCCUGGUUUCGAUUCGCUCAAUGCCUUCGUCGUUAUAGGGACACCAGAGAGGCAUUCCCGCAUUUGGCCAACGCUGCUAAAUACUCCACUACCUUCUUCGUCAUACUAUUCUCCUUUCUGCAUCAGACUUAUUCUAGAGAGAAAAUGGUACAAAAUAUUCCUAGUGAGCCUGGUGACGAUUUGCAACCAGACAAUCCCCACAAUCCGCAAGAUUAUUUUACUUUUCAAUAUGUAUCAGAGACUGAGGUUGUGGAGGCGAUCGAGAGUCUUAGAGGUGCAUCUGGGCCUGGUCAUGAUGGCAUUACUGUAUCUGUUUUAAAAUCUGUUAAAAGUAUUGUUGCCUCUCCACUCAAACACAUUAUUAAUAGUUACUACUACUUUGCAGUAAUGGAAGACUUCAUUCUUAGGUUUGGUUGGGUGUUAUCCAUGUCAUUGACCGAGAUGGGAUACGUUCAUGGUGACCUCAUGGUGUCCAUUUUAUCGCCAUUAGAAGUAUUCAGGCGAUUCGUGUGGAACUUCUUCCGUUUGGAGAACGAGCACCUGAACAAUUGUGGCAAGUUCAGAGCAGUGCGCGACAUCUCAGUGGCUCCGAUGGAUUCGAGCGACCACGCACUCAUUCUGCGCAUGAUGGACGAAGACGAUGGGGUCAUAAACCGCCAUAAACGCAAGCAGCACGCAGCCGUCAAGAGGAACCGGUUGCUGACCUCGGGUGAAACCACUGAGGAUCUCGAAUGAAACAGCUUUUUGUAUUUAUACGAUAUGACAAUUGUUACCACUGAGUUUUAUAAGAUCCAUAGUGGAUUUACCAGGUUCCACCUUGGUUAAAAGACUAGAUCGUCAGCAAACAGGUGAAAUGAAGAAUGAGCAAUGAUCUCAGUUCUGUUGUUUAUGUAAAUAGAGAAAAAGAGAGGUCCAAGUACAGAACCCUGAAGCACUCCAUCUGAAACAGGCAUCGAGUCAGUUACCUCAGUUACACCAUGAUAGCCUGGAACCGACCCCUCAAAUAUGAAUGGAACCAUGACAGAGAUUGUGGUGAAAGAGGACUAUGAAUUUUUAAUUUACGAAUUAGAGUCGAAUGAGAAAUAUUAUCAAAUGCCUUGCUGAAAUCAAAAGAAAUUAUAGCUGUCAGCAUGCCUCGAUCCAUUGCAGAUCUUAGGUGACCUUAGGAGCGCAGUGGGAAUUGGUUCUGAAUCCCGACUGAAAUUUGUGAAAAGAAUCAAUCUUAUUUUCUCUGUCAUGUAACCCACAUCAGAGGUAUUUAUUUAACAUGAAAAAACAUUUACAAUAUUGUUAAAAAAUUCAAAAUUGAGCUGAGUUGAGCUGUUAACUGCCCAUGUUGCGGCGGUUUUAUAAAUUGGGGAACUUUUACUCCUGCAUUUUUGCCAAGGAAUUAUGGCACUGAAAACCUAGUUUGCUCAAUGACGCUUUGUGGAUCUCAAUUGAAAUUGUUGCAGCGGUUCUAUAAAUUGUGUAACUUUUAUUUCUGCAGAUUUGCAAAAUAAUUGUGGCACUGAAGACCGCCGUGAAGCUGGCCCCAACAUAUCGAGCCCAAAAUUUGAAACAUAUGCCAAUAUUUAGGGCUUAUUUUGGGUUCCAGAAUAUCCAAGUUUCAAAUUUUGGGCUCAACGGGAAAUGGGGUUUAUAAGGAUUUAUAUAAUUGGCGGGCCAGCUUCACGGUCAGCCCGCGACUAUCACCGAUCUUGAAGAUGAAGGUGUCAUUCGAUAGAGCCGAUUUUUGGCUUUCAUUCUAUACCGUUUACAUAAUUUGGGCUCAAUAAUUACGCUGUCGGUGGAGGAAAACCGUUAUAGGACGGGAGCGGGGGGGAAAGAUUGUUGACCG